AUGUCUUUACGCACCGCCACUCGCCAGGUUCCGCUGAGAUCUUUAGCUCCCUUCCGCGACUUUUCAACGCCCUCCAGCUGCCGCCCGUUCUUCAGCCUCCCAGGCAGCCCCCCUGGCAGCGACACCCAAACCAUCACGGCCAUCAGAACCCUGCCGUAUGCCCAACAUCCUCUCUACCAGCUCAUCUCCGACGUCGACUCCUACUCCUCAUUCGUCCCCUAUUGCGCCCACUCCCGCGUAACGCAGUGGUCUCAUCCUGACCAAGAUGGCCGGAAGUGGCCAACACUAGCCGAUUUGCACGUUGGCUGGGGCGGAUUCAACGAGGUCUUCACGAGUCGAUUACGCUGUGUGCCCGGCGUCUUGGUAGAAGCUGUCAGCGGGAAUCCCGCUUCCGUGGAUGCCAAAGCGGCCUCCGCCGUGUUCAAAAGCCUCGUGACAAGGUGGCAUCUGACGCCGAUCCGCCGGGAUCCUUCGCCUGCCACAGAGGUCCAUCUUACCAUCGAGUAUCAAUUUGUCAGCCCGCUGUAUGCCGCUGUCAGUGCCGCAGUCUCUGAUAAAGUUGCCGGUCUCAUGAUAGAAGCCUUUGAGAAGAGGGCGUCGGAAGAGCUGAGUUAUAAACAAAACCUAUGA